AUGGCAUCAUUCAUCUACCAAUCCGUUGUUUUUGCUUUAAUAUCUAUCAAAUAUGGCUACAAUUAUCCAAGUGGUGCACCGAAUUAUGCAUGUCAAACGAUGACACCUGGUCACGGAUAUGCUUCCCAAGCAUGUUCAUCAAGCUAUACAAUUCAAUCUGAUAAGUUACAAUACGAUGUAAACGAUGUUGUUCGUCUUACCGUUAAUAGCUCAGCUUCAUUCAAAGGUGUUCUACUAGUGGCAAAAGCUGAAACAACCGGAGACAUUGUUGGCACAUGGGCCGUUGUGAGUUCCACGACGAGAAUAGUGAAUUGUAGUACAGUACCGAAUACAGGUAUUACACACAAUUCGAGAGAUUUGAAAUCAUCUGUUGAAGCACUUUGGUAUCCGCCAUCUACAACAACUAACACGAGUACAAUCAUACAAGUAACAAUUGUCGAAUCAUAUAGUAACAUAUAUGUGAGUUGUUACAAUCUGACAUUGACGCCUCGACAAACGAAUACAACAGCUUCCAUGAAUAGUACUUCCGCGACAGUGGCAAGUACUACCGCGGCGACAACGACAGCAACAAGCACUGAGACCGUGACAACGACAAAGAGUAUUUAUAGCGUUCAAAUCUCUUGGACAUAUAACGACGGCGUAACAGCCGUGAGAAUGCGAAUGAAUGAUUUGAAAACAUCCCAAUGGUUUGCUUUAGGCCUUUCAUUGGAUCAAAAUAUGGGUGAAGAUCAUGUAUUCAUGUGCCGACACUUAGCUGACGGUUCAGUUUUACUUGAUCGUCGUAUAAAUCCAAGUGGUCAUUCACCGCCAGUAUCAGCCAGCACGAUAUCCAAUCCUGGUGGUACAUUCAAUGUAACUUUGCAAAAGGUUGAAGAUGGAACGACUUACUGUGAAUUUACUCUAUCCAAUUUUGUCACGUCUGGCCGUCGACGGCGUGACAUUGUUUCACUUUCACAAGCGACACCGUAUUAUCCAUUGAUAGCAAUGGGAGAUUUGGACAGUUCAAAUGAAAUCAUGCAACACAAAUCACGUGAAGCACUGACGCAGACUGUUCAGCUGAAUCGAGAAGAAACGAUCAUGAGUAACUUAGAUUCAGAUGAUUCUGGUCAAAAAGUUCUAAUGAAAGCACAUGGUAUUAUUAUGAUUUUUACAUGGAUAUUGCUCGUUUCCACGGGUAUUCUUCUUCCACGAUAUUUCAAAGCUGCAUGGCCAGGUACGAACGUCUGUGGCAAACCCAUUUGGUUUACUGUACAUCGUGCGUUGAUGACUAGUGUUCCUAUCUUAACUCUGAUCGCCUUUAUUCUUAUUCUUGUGUAUGAAAACGGUAGAUGGAUAUCCCGAAACGAGAAACGCGAAUUUGCACACUCGAUCGCUGGAAUCAUUGUAGUAGUUUUUUCCGUUAUUCAACCAUUUAUGGCCUUAUAUCGUUGCAAACCUGAUGCCCAGUAUCGUUUCAUAUUCAAUCAUAUACAUCGAAUUGUUGGCUUUAUUGCAUUGAUUCUUUCCAUUGUUGCUAUGUUUCUCGCCAUGUUCUUUACACAAUUUAGUUUUGAAAAGAACAAAAUAUGGGCCAUCCUUAUUGCCUGGGUAUGCUGGCUGCCAAUUAUAUUUUUUCUCUUCUGGCUUAUAGAAUAUUGUUUUAAAAACAAACCAUCAGCAGAAACCAAAACAUCUGGCUUCUACGAUAUCACUACCGAGAAUACAAAUACAUCCGACAAUACAUACGAUAAAGCGCAAAUAAACAUUGAUCGAAUUAAAGGAGUAUUUCUCUUCAUUCAUAUUAUAGUUGCUUUCGUGUUGGCAUUAAUAUUGGCUAUUUUUGUUGGUAAAGCAAGCUAA